CUUUAACUUUAACUUAUCAAAAUGGUAAAACGACAGAUGUCCGAAACAGAGACAGAAUCGAACCUCCCUGAUCUCGAUACGGAUGCCAAUGUAGAAUCAGCAGGUUCUUUUGACGUUGAAGAGGAAGAGAAGCAUGAUGAAAGUCAUAGCAAGAUCAAAGAUGUCGAUUCAGGCGAACGAACAUCGAAGCUGGCAUUUGCUAUUCCAGUAUUAAUAGUCCUCGUAAUUGGAUUAGCGAUUGGAUGGACAAUAACAUCAUUAAACAAAGAUCAAUACUCGAAAGACCAGACCAACUACAUAGAAAAACUUAACGCAAUAAUUGAAGACCAAAAACUGAUGAUGGCCAACCAAAAGAAUGAAUCCCAAACAGCUAUGGAAAAAGUUGAGGUUUUUUCGAAAAAACUAAACUCAAUCGUCUCUGGUUAUACUCUAGGAAAAUGGAUCGCCGACGACGAUGUGAUAUUCUGGAUUGUGAAACUUCGUGCAUCAAUUAUGACAUUCACGGGCGCAGAGGGUUUCUGUAUACAACACGGAUCGACUCUUCCCAUUAUGAGGAAUGAGGAAGAAUUUGACGCGAUCAACAAAAUGAUACGCAACGGGCUUCCCCAGUACGGGAGGGUAUCGUUCUGGACUGGCCUUACAUAUGAUAUCACGACAAACACAAUUGUAAAAGAUGGUUCAUUCACUCAAUGGGAAAACGGAUAUCCGUCGAAAUCCCCCUAUAGUAAAAAUGUGUUCAUCAACGUAGCCAAAGAUCCAAACGAAAGUUACCAAGGAAUGAGGAACUGGCAUUCUUCGAUCCCGCUAAAUGCUGUACUUUGUCAGAUAUGAAAGUCAAAAAUCAUGCAUACAUAUUAUCAAUGAAAUUAAACAGUCGAUGCCUAAAACUCCCUUGCUGUACAUAUUUUGGCAUUUAUAAAACAUUCGCUUUAUUAACUUUAACUGCUUUUCAUUGGAUCAAUAUUAACCAUGGACUGCUCGUUGAUUGGUUGAAACGUAUUUUUACAAAACAUUGAAUAUAUUCCGAACUGAACGAUUUAUACAAACUGAUUAAUUCAGAAUGGAGACCGAGAUAAAACGAGCAGAAAUACCAUUGUUGGUAGAUGAGUGAAAACUCUGCCUGGGAUUGAAAAUUUGAAAUGCCAAAUAUAUGGUAUUUUGGUAAUACAUUGCUUUGUUUUAUCAUUUGUAAAGACCAAUAUUUUUGACCCUUUACCGCAUCUAUUUCGAACAUGCCUAAUACUAACAUUUAUUGAAUUCUUGAUAAACAUAUACAGUUACAGAUUAAAAUGCAAAUACUUUGAUUUUAGAACUUUUGUUUUUGUGAUUUUCUUGAAACUCCUUCCGAAAUGGCAUAAUCAGGGACUCAAAUACUGCUUUUCUCUGUACCUCGAUGUAAGGUAAAAACAUUUUCAAGUAAGAGUGAAAUGUUCGUAUUAUUAUUAAUUAAAUCAAACUGUUUAACAAACUCACAUGUAUAAGUUCGAACUCAUAUAUCUGCGUCCCCUUACAACGCGCUGCCCAGACGGCUGACCACGUGGCCCUCCCCUGACCGUGGGUUUCACCUUUUUUAUUCAAAUUUGCAUUGUUAGAAAGCUUUCGCUUAGAUUUUUGUUUUGCAAGUGUUAUAGUCCCCGCUGGUAUUGCGUAGCAUUAAGCUUUACACAUAAAUGUCAGGAAAUUUUUAUAAUGAUACCGUAAAUAGUUUUGGAAGAGUUUGGAAAGUAAUUCACCCUUGAGAGAAUAAUUUUAUUGAUCGAGUUACAAACGCAUUAGGUCGCUACUAUCCAGCUCCAUUCUCAUCUCAGAUUUUUUGUAGUAGUGAGUUUUGGUCGAUUUGUUUUGCAAACUCAGGAUGUCCAUAAAGUUUCUUCACAAUUUCAAUUUUGUUACAAAGUGAGAUCUCAAUAUAUCUUAAGCAGGUUUGUGUUUUUUUUUUUCAGUAAUUCAUUUAAUACAUCUGUGAAGGCCAAAACAAUAUAUGGUAUCGAUAAAUUCACUUUGCGAUUUUACCCAAA